AUGGAGACCCCCGACGGCCCGUGGGGCUCCACCCGCACCCCGAGCCCGCGCCCAACAUCGCGCAAGUCGAGCCGGUCCUCGCCCUCGCGCCGCUCGCAGACGUCGAGCCGCACCACCGAACAGACGCCGCUGCUGGCCCACGUCGACCGCGAUGACGACCGCGAUGACGACCGCGAUGACCACCCCAUCCACGCCAACGACUCCGACGAGCGCUCCCCCGCCCACGCCCGCCUGCUGCGCUCGCUGAGCGCCUCGUCCGCCAGUGCCAAGGCGCCCGCCUGGAGGAGGCGGUGGCCCAGCAUCCUCGCCCUCGUGCUCCUGUGCCUCGUCGUCGUCGGCAUCAUGCUGGCCUUCCUCGCCAGCGAGGGCAUCGACGAGUAUGCCAUGCAGGCCGCCGGCUUCCACCCCACCAGCCUGGCCCUCGACCGCCUCACCGACCACGGCGCCCGCCUCCACAUCGAGGGCGACUUCACCAUGGACGCCGCCCGAGUCUCCAAGCAGAGCGUGCGCAACAUCGGCCGCCUCGCCACCUGGCUCGCCCGCGAGGCCGAGACGGGGCCCAUGGACGCCGACGUCUACCUGCCCGACUACGGCGACGUCCUGCUCGGCACCGCCAGCAUCCCCGCCGUCAAGGUCGACCUCCGGAACGGCCACAGCACCCACAUCUCCCUGCUCGCCACCGUCGAGCCUGGCUCGCCCGACGGCAUCCGCAGCGUCGCCCACGACUACAUCGACGGCCGCCUCAAGCAGAUCCGCCUGCGCGCCAAGGCUCAGGUCCCCAUCAGCUCCGGCCUGAUCAAGCUCGGCAACCAGACCGUCGAGCACUCCAUGCUCUUCCACACCGGCCACCUCCCCGCCCUGCCCAAGUACGACAUCACCAAGCUCAACCUGCGCGAAGCGGACCACGGACGCAAGGGACUGGGCGCCGAUGCCUCGAUACUCGUCAGAAACACCUUCCCCCCCGUCUCGCUCAAUGUCCCUCCUGUCGCUGUAGACAUCUUGAUCGAUGGCUGCUCGCCCUCAGACACCCACCUCAAGGUCGGCACCGCCGAGACCCCCGAGCUGCGCGUCCGGCCCAACACGGACAUCCACCUCAACGUCACCGGCAUCGUUGAGAAGCUCGCAGACCCCCUGACCGAAGUCUGCCCCAACUCGGCAAAGUCGCCCCUCGACGCCUUCAUCGGCGAGUACAUGAAGGGGGAGGAUGCCACCAUCUACAUCCACUGCUGCCGCUUCCCCGAUCCAGCCACCCCCAACUGGGCCCGCGACCUGCUCAAGGACAUCACCGUCCCCGUGCCCUUUGCUGGCAAGGAGAUGGGCCACAUGAUCAAGAACUUCUCCAUGGCCAACAUGCACUUUUCUCUCCCCAGCCCCUGGGCUGACCCGGGCACGCCUGAAUCGAACCCGACCAUCUCGGCCACCGUCAAGGUCGACCUGGGCCUGCCCAACGAGAUGAACUUUCCCCUCGACGUCAACCAGAUCAAGGCGGAUGCCGACAUCUACUACAAGAAGCAGCUGCUCGGAAAGAUGAAGCUGGACAAGUGGCAACACGCCAACUCGACCAGAACAAAAGGCCACGCCGAGCAAGGCCCCUCUCUGCUGGUGCAGUCCGACAUUGAAAAGGCUCCCAUCGAGAUCCAGGACGAUGACCUGUUCAGCGAGGUCGUGCAAGCCCUCCUCUUCGGCGGCAAGUCCGUCUCCAUGGACAUGAAAGCGACUGUCGGCGUCGGCGUGGACACGCCCAUGGGCAAGCUUGCGAUCCGAGGCAUUCCCGCAGAGGGUACCGUACCAGUCAAACCGAUCCGUGGCGGCAACGACCACAACGGCGACGGCAAGUCACCCAUGGAACGCCUGCACCUAAAGGUCGGUGACAUGGCCAUUGUGGACACAUCGCCCACCUCCAUCACCCUUCAGAUGAAGUCCAACUUCACAAACCCAACCAACUACACCGCCACCAUCCCCUACUUCAACAUCCACGUCCUCGUCAACGGCACGCUCAUUGGAUCGGCAACCGUCGAAAACAGCACCGUCCAUCCCGGCAACAACUCCGGCACCGUCGUCACCGUCCUCUGGGAUCCACACACCUUCGGCGGCAUCAAAGGAAAGGACGUGGGCCGAGAGUGGCUUUCCCAGUUCAUCUCAGGCUUCAACACCUCCCUGACCAUGCAAGCCCACAACGGCACCAUCCCCUCGCAACCCGCCCUCAGCCACCUGCUCUCCCAGUUCCCCGUCACCGUCCCUGCACCCCACAUGUCCACACCCGACUCGGACGACGACGCCCCACCCAGCGAUGGCAAGAACACGCACUUCAUCCGCAGCGCCACCAUGCACAUUCUCUCCUCGACCGCCCUCUUCACCCUCUUCUCCCCCUUCCGCUCCACCACCAUGUUCAUCACCUCGCUGAACGCCACCGCCUACUCGGACGGCCACGAGGCCGGCAAGAUCCUCUACGACCUGCCCUUUGCCGUGCCCCCCGGCCUGAGCGAGAGUCCCCGUUUGCCCGUCGACUGGAGCUUCGGCAGCCUCGGCUACGACGCCAUCCGCAAGGCGCUGGGCGGCAGCCUGCAGCUGAACGCCUUUGCCAUUGUCGGCGUCCGCAUCGGCCAGUGGCGCGAGACGGUGUGGUACAAGGGCGGCAAAAUCGGCGCCAACGUGAGGUUGUAA